AUGCUCGCGUGCGUCGACUCGAUGAGAGAGAACGAUCUACUCGGCGCGCGAGCGGAGAGGUGCCUCGCCCCCUGCCCUUCAUCACCAUCACCGCAAAGCAUCAGCAUGAUAAGUCCUCGCGCCGUCGUCAGCAUCACCAUCAUCGUCACCGUCUUCACCAGCAUCCUCGCCCCCAUCCUCAUCACCAUCCUCAUCACCAUCCUUGUCACCAUCCCCAUCCCCACCCUCGUCAACAUCAUCAUCAGCAACGUCACCUUCUUCUUCAUCGUCGUCGUCAACAUCCUCCCCUUGAUCGCGACGACGCUCUCCGUGCCGGACAGCAUCUGCUACAUCGCGGACCAGCUCUUUGUUCGCUGCAAGAAUGGUUGGUACGAGUCCCUCAUCACCAUCAUCACCAUCGUCAUCAUCGUCAUCCUCGGUCGCUGCCGCUUCCCUCGCAGUACGAGGCCCGCGUCGCCAUCUCCGGCAUGCCGGCAGCCCACUUCACCGGCGCCUCCUCGGUCGCUGGCGCUUCCCUCGCAGUACGAG